UUUAAGAUAAAAGACAGCCAAGUGUUAUCGGGUUUAAAUCUUGGGUAUUAUGUGUGCGCAUUUUAUCAAAGGAGUGCCACAGUUAAGAGUAAUUGGGGAAAACACCAUGAGUGACGUGAGUGACACACCCCCACACAAAGAAAACGUGGACUCCACGUGGUCGCAAGGGUGAAUCUAAAAAUAAACUGGAAUACCCUUUUCUGCCUUUAUAUAAAGAGUGGGACUAAAUUCGCCUUUUGUCAUUGACAAAUCGGUCUUAUCAGAGUACAUGAAGUCAUUGAAGAGCGUUUGGAAAGACUGUACUUUACAGUGACACAGAUUUAUUCCUUGGACAGCUGUUGAAACAUAACAGGUACUAGGAAUUUUGUACCUCCUGAGAGACGAAUCUAAAAGCACAGCUAUUCUUCCUGUGAGACCUCCAACUUUGGCUGGAUUGAGCAAAGCUCAGCUCUCAACAAGUAACACCAUUUCCCAAUGUCGAAUUUUCAAAGGACUAGAAAAAACCACCACCUGAAAAAGUAUAUACUUUCUGAAAGGACUAGGUAAUGGUGGAUAAACUUGUGUGGAUCAUUUUGUGACGCAGCGGCUUUUUUUCUUCCCUUGUUGCAUUUGUGAUUGAAUAUUAGGUGACAGCUUUGUGUUGCAUAACAAUCCCUGUCGUCUGCUACGUUUUAUUUUGAAGGCUUUCAAAGAGGAGUUUUUUAAGAGGAAAAAGAAGAAAGAAAUCUGAACAUCCAAGCAAGAUCAGUUGGAGUGAAACACAAAUUCAACAAGAGAAGCUGUUUCCAAAAGGAAAAAGCGGAAUUGUCGUCCACACAAUUAAAACCAACGACAACUCGAUUGCUCAACCUCCAUAUUGCCAAGUGAACAUUUCAUGCUCAUCGUAGAAACUUUUCCAGUGUUCAAGGAAAAAAAAAAAGAACAAACAAAAUCUUCACAUUAAUUUCUGUCUUAUUCGUACAAUUAUCCUCAUCAGCUGAAAAAAAGUCAUAUAUUCAUUUCAUAAAAUAACCAUCGUACAGCAAACUGUGAUAUUAAAGCGGAUUUAGAAAACUAUUUCAUCAAGAAAAGAAGGCGUUGACAUUGCAGCCAGUAGAAUUUGAUUGGUUUCUUUGUGGUAGCCAUAGUUAGCAGACAGUGAGAGACUUUUUCAAUUUAGACUUGAUCCAGAUACAUUGAAAGAUCAUCAAACACCAGAAGAAGGACAGGAAAAAAAAAUCAAAAUGGAACUUCUUUUCCCCGAAAACGUGCUUUGGAUGAUCAUCGUUGGGUUCAUCGUUGCUUUCGUUCUCGCUUUUGGGAUCGGAGCUAAUGAUGUCGCAAACUCCUUUGGGACAUCCGUUGGAGCGAAAGUGUUGACGCUGAGGCAGGCAUGCAUUCUGGGAGCCAUUUUUGAGACCUUGGGCGCCAUUUUGUUAGGUGCGAAAGUAUCAGACACCAUACGAAAGGGCAUCAUUGACGUGGGAUCCUACAACGGCACGGAAGAGGUUCUCAUGGUGGGCAAUAUCUGCGCACUGUCAGGAUCUUGUAUUUGGCUGUUGAUUGCGACCUUCCUCAGUCUCCCAGUGUCUGGGACUCACAGCAUCGUUGGCGCCACCUUGGGUUUUGCUCUGGUUGCUCAUGGCGCCAAGGGCGUCAACUGGAUCAAAGCUGGAAUGAUUGUUGGUUCCUGGUUCAUCUCCCCAGUGCUGUCUGGCCUUGUGUCUAUAGGAUUGUUUUGGGUUAUCUCACUGCUUGUCCUCAGAAAGGAGGACCAACUGAGGCAUGGUUUACGUCUUCUGCCCAUAUUCUAUGGGUGCACUCUAGUCAUAAAUGUCUUCUCCAUCUUCUACGAUGGCCCAGAAAUGCUGGGCUUCGACAAGAUUCCGUUAUGGGGGAUAUUUAUCCUAAGUUUUGGCUCGGGAUUGAUAUGCGCCUUUCUAGUGAGGGUUGUUAUGGUGCCAUGGCAACGGAAGAAAAUAUUAAAUUCAGCACAGGAGAUUUCAUACAACGCUGCCACGACAGAGAAGUCAGAAUGUAACGGAGCGGUCAAGUUUACAUUUGGAAGUCAAGUCAACAAGAUAGGAGGUGGAUCUGGAGGCAAUUCUGCUGACAGUUCAAGAAGGCCGUCUUACACAGAAUCAAUGGAAAAUCCCAUUAUUAUGCCUGAAAAACCAACUGAGAACGGAUCAGUGAAGAGUGGUGCCCAGUUACUGACACACCUGGUGAAAGAAGACGAGGAGAAGGAAAAAGAAAAACUUGUCCCCACAGUGAAGCGCGUUCAGGACGUUACCCCCUCACCAUCAAUGAAGUCCUUCAAGACAUUACUGACACAGGAGUUUGGACCAGGAAAGACCACACCACCCAAAGUCACAAAUGGAACAGUGAAGCUAGAUAUCUCUGACAGCAGCAACAUGGAAUAUUCUCCAGCUAGCAGUCAGGACUUGGAGGCCCAGAAGAAGGAGCGAGAGUCUAUAAAGGACAGUCCAGAAUCUGUUAAACUGUUUUCAUGGCUGCAAAUUUUGACAGCUAUUUUUGGAUCUUUUGCUCACGGUGGUAACGAUGUCAGCAAUGCAAUAGGUCCCCUGGUUGCUCUGUGGAUCAUUGGUCUGGAAGGGAGUGCCCAGCAGAAGUCUGCCACGCCCAUUUGGAUCCUCCUCUAUGGUGGAGUAGGCAUUUCUAUUGGCCUGUUUGUCUGGGGGAGGCGUGUCAUUAAGACUAUGGGGGAGGACCUUACCAAGAUCACGCCCUCAAGUGGUUUUUGUAUUGAGAUUGGCUCCGCCCUCACUGUCCUCGUUGCAUCCAAUAUCGGCAUUCCUGUCAGCACCACGCAUUGUAAAGUGGGAUCCAUCGUAAGUGUCGGGAGGUUCCGAUCAAGAGCGAACGUGGACUGGAAACUUUUCCGUAACAUUUUUUUGGCAUGGAUUGUGACACUGCCAGUUAGCGGUGGCAUCAGUGCUGCCCUCUUUGCUGGGUUGAGAUUGCUAGUUCCGCACUGAGAGGUCUUAGGUCAUGUGAUUGGAGAAAAUUGCUAGAAGAAACAAGGGAAGGUCAAAAUUAUAACAAGAAAGAAUGAAGGUUGAAUUUGAUGCAUAGUAUUUCUGAAGUAGGCAGAAAAAGAUGAAACUAAGUCAAUUGAUUGGUCCAAGACAUCACGGAUGUGUUAUAGGGGAAAGUUCUUUCAAAAUUCAGUAAAAUCAUCGCACAUGUUUCAAAAGGAGUUGAAUGAAUAGGAAAUAAAGUUUAGAGUACAUUGAUAGUAGGGUUGCUGAAUGUUAAAUUUAUGAUAAUUGUUUUGCAAUGUGAUCCAAGAUCGCACAUAUUAAGAAUUUUUUUGGUCCAGGAAUGAUUUCCAAGAUUGCAACAGGCAAAAUCGUUCCAAGUUAUAACUGUGAAUAGUGAAUUGCUCAGUUUGGGUUUUGAUUGAAUUUAUUUUUAGAAUGCACUUCAUUGUUUAACAAUAUUUAAAAAAAUAAUGAUAAAAAAUAAAAAAAACCUUUAUAGUAAAUAAUGGUAAUGAAGGGAUUGGAUUUUUAAGAAAAUUUCAACAGAUAAAAUCGAGUGGGUCUGUAUACAGACAACCAUUGUUGCAGAAUACCAAGUUUGAUUUUGCCAAUUGGAAAGUGAAUUUUAAGUCGAUAAGACUAACUACAAAAACAUGUAUAUUUGUGCAGAUAUAUACAUAAAUGUGCCCUACUGUUACAUGUACAUGUAUAAGAGCUGUGUUAGCAGAGCAUGAAUGUCUUCCCAGUGCAAAUUUUAUUUAUUAGUCAAAAUGAUAACCUAAAAAAAAAAAAAGAAAAAAAUAAGGAAAAGAAAAAUAAAUCUUAAACUCCUUGUGCUAAUGUUAGCUUUGCCACACAAUUUUUUAACUUCAUUACAAUUUUUUUUCUGGUAGUUUUUCAUAUCUGAACCCAGUUUAAAUGUUUCAGUUUUGUUUUCACCCGUUUGUUUUCAUUUGAUUUGUUUUGAAUUGUGUAUUCAGUUUAGCAGCCAAACAGCAAAAUGUCCCCAUGUUUAUUUGUAGUUAGAAAAAUGACCAGGAUUAGGUCAAGGACAGGCCAUGUAGGUCAAGGUUAAGCCAGUGAAUGCACAAAUAGGUCAAGUUAAGGUCAGUGUGCAUAAAUAGGUCAAGGUCAAUAUUAUGUAAGUAUAUGGGGUACAAGUACAUGCAGUUCAGGGUAGAUUAUUAUUCCUUUAUUGGUUCUUUGUAUGGAACAACUGCCAAAGAUUACAAACGAAAAACAAUUGAAGUAUGUACAAAGCACUCUGUAUUCUACAAGUAUUGCUAUACUGCCAGUAUCCUUCACCUUAUAUUUUUUGUUAGUAUUUAAGUUUUAUGUAGACACUUUCCGGCUUGAGUGUGACCACUGUUAUUUGAUGAAUGAUUGUAUUUUAUAUGCACUAGUUAUGUUAUAAUUUAUGAUUGUUUUACUGCCACUUAGUUUUAAUUCUCAUGAAUGUUAGACAUACGAGUACAAUGUGCAGGCAUUGUGGGUAGUUCACAGUGCGACAUAUACAUUUUGUCUGGUGUGAUAGCAUUGGCAUCAGAAAUACCAAUGUUAUUGUUUACCAAUACCAUAAUGCAUUUCACAUUGUUAAUUUUUUCUAAUGCUACAUGUACUGUAUUUGUCCAUCAAAAGGCUGUACUUUUGGCGUUGAAAUACUGUAUAAAUGCUGCAUCGAAUAAAUAAGAAUAAACAAAAUGAUAAAUUA